GUAGUGGUUGAUUUUGGAACUACAUUACGUCAAAAGGUGCAAAGUGAAUUUUCGUGGAAAAAUAUAUUUUAGAGAGAAAAAAAACCUUGAGAAAAGCAAUCAAAAAAACAGGAGAAAACGUUAGUUUAUUCAUGAGAUGCUCCCUCUGUGUGCACAGGUGUCGUGAAAAUUGUGGGAAAUUGCGUGAAUGAAGUGUUGCCCCCAAUAAAUAUCGAUUUGCACCUUAUGCUAUUUGGGGGCCGUGGGGGAAAAGGCAUUGCUGGUGAAUUUUUGGUGAAAACAAGGUGAAAAAUGUCGUAACACACGAUUAAUCAUCCAAUUCAUUGUCUGGCAACAAAAAACAACCCCGUGGGGGAAGGUGAACCCACUGAAUAGAAGGAUUUACCUGCAAAUUAGCGCACAGAAGGUCGAAAGUUCUUUUUUUUGUGUGUGCGGAGGAAACACUGCAACGUUGUCCGGAGAGACGUAAAUGCUGGCCAGGAGGGCCUUCCGCGAAACGUGUACUUAAGAGAGAUUGUGAUCUGACAAUGUCUAAUCCCAUUCCACCACUUGUCUGUGACACUCCACCCCCGAUUGAUGAUGAUUUUGAGCCCUAUGACGAUGAUUUUGGGGCCUUCGAGGGGGCUGAUGAUUCAAUGUCUCCGCGUGAAGAGAAAACUUCCACAUUGGAGCAUAAAUAUGAUCUUCCUGUUCCGGAAAUACCCGUAGUUGUGGAACCUUCGAGGCAUGAGGUUCUGCCAGCAGAGAGGGAAGAUCCUUUGGGGGAAUCUGCAGUGGAUGCUGUGCAGCAGAACCCCAAAGAAGUUGAAGCUUUAGAAACUCAGGAAAAAGUGGAAGAAAAGGUGAUUGUUGAGGAGGAAAGUUCUGCUGGGCAGAAGGAACUUCGCCUUGGGGAGGAUCUCGCAGGGAAACGAUGUGAAAGUCCCCCCUCGUUGGUGCUUUCCGAAGACUUUAGUUGCUCCCCCGAUGAUGCCCCAGCGGAGGAGAAUAGCAAUUCCUGCGAUGAAAUUUCCCUGCCAUCGUUUCACCUUGAUUCCGGAGGUGCGUCUAAGAGUGCAACACCCACACACCUCCAUGUGCCAGACAAUACAGACGUCAACUUUGUCAUUUCUGACGACAAAGCGAGUCAAGAUGGUGAAGAAUUUGAUGAUUUUGCCGAAUUCGCGACUGCGGCGGCGGAUAUGCCGAGACAGGAGGCAGAUGGGGAGGAGGCAGCACCUCCGGAAAACCCCGAAAUCCCGUCCGAGGGCAAUUUACAGGAGUUCACGUCCGCAAAAGCCGAAAUCAGUAUUCCGUGCGAAGAAACGAUAGAUUUUGUUGCGGAUUUUAGUCAAUUUGACGUCCCUGCGGACGUACCCGUAGCAGCAAAUGUGGUUGUGAAUCAAUCUGUGGACAAUCAGGGUGAUGAUGAUGAUGAAUUUGGAGAUUUCAGUGAUUUCCAACAACCCGAAGCAGCACCAACAGCUGUGAUAGAUACCAACAAUCUUAAUAGUCAAUUUCUAUCGGCACUCAGUCUUAUGUUCCCCAAAGGCGAAGAAGAUUCGCCGGAAGGAACAAAACCCACGGAAGAGAAUACAAAGAUUGACACAGAACUUGCACAGAAGAGUCAAAUUCUCCUGGAUUUGAAGGACUUUGAAGCUUCCAAGGCACUUCAGUAUCAAUGGCCGAACUCAACGUCUAAUCAAUCUCUUAUCCGAUCAUUGGGAAUCGAUUCCAGGAAUAUUCUUCAUGGGGGAAAAUGGAAUAGUUCCAUGCCGAGAUUUGCUGCAAAUCUCGGCUUCAGCCCAUUGCAACCCAUGAAACCAGGUGCAUCGUCCAGUACGCACCGUGUGGAAGGAUCUGAUAAAUUAACCAGCAUCGCACCGUCUGAAGUGCCAGCAGCUCAAUUUGACUGGACAUCUGCGGGUCUCGUGAAUCCUCUCGAUGCGUCACAAGCACACACUUUACUAUUGGACCUAGAACAACUAGUGGUGGUGGCUAAUCUUGAUAAAAUAAACCUUGAUUCCUCCUCUUCAUGCUCUGUGGCGUCCCAUCAAAUCCCACCGGCUGCUAUGUUGGCUGAUUGUGAUGUUGCAACAAACACGGGGGCCGUCAAAACGUCGUUUAAAAUGCCAAAAAUGCCGCAUCAAACAUCCAACAUCAAUGCUGGAUCAUUCGAUUGGUCCAUCUUUGAUAAAUUCCAUUCAAAUUCCUCAAAUGCUUUCGCAUCCAAUGGUGAUGGAAUCACUAAUAACAAAUAUUCCACUAAACAUCCAACAAACUCCUUCGACACUUUUUUGGACAUCAGUACCCCAAAAGUCCUCGUACCGAAGUCAGACGAUGCAGAAGUUACGAAAGAGCAGCAUGAGCCUCCUGCGGCGUCCACGGUUGCAGUUGCAGCUGCAGCAGCCGGUGACGCACCUGUCGCACAGCCAGACGACGUCAACGUGGCGAAGGAAGUGAGUACACGUGUGUCAUCGAAUGUCCUGCCGCAGUCCUUUAGUCAACCCCUCAGGGAAACUCAUAUCUUCACACCGAGUAAGUCCAGCAAUCCCGUGUCGCGGGAAGUGGGUGAGGGUGGUACAAUUGCUGCUGAGAAUAAGAUUGUUGUCAAGGAGUACCGGGAUGUUGAGUACAAUCCCGAUAAAGUGGUGCGACUUGAUGAGGAUUUUUCGGAUUUUGCGGAAUUUAAGAGCAGCAACAGCGAUUCGGUGGAAGUUCCACCAACAGAGUCACCAUAUCGUAGUACGGAGAAGGUUGUGGUGGAGUUUAAGAAGCCAUCAUUUGGUGUAUCACCCACGGAGGAGAUGCUGAAUGGUGGGGUGGUGGGGAGGGGUAGUGGUGUGACGACAGAGGAGGAUGAAUUCUGUGAUUUUCAAUCAGUUAAACCUGCAGCAGCAACAGCAGCAGUGGCACAACAUUCCGGAAGCCAGCAACCAUCAAUGGCACCUGUUUUGCAGCCGUUGAAUGUGAUGCAAUUGUCAGGUGGACCAAAGAUUGCAUGGCCAAGUCCGGGGAUAAACCCCGAUGAGAUGGCGCGUCUUGAGGCGAUUUUCCCGCAGAAAAAGGACACGGCAAGGGGUGAGAAGGUGGCCAUAAUUGAACCAAAAGCAACGGAAAAGAAGAACAAAGAUGAAGAUGAGUGGUCGGAUUUUGUUUCCGGGAACGUCCCAACGGCAAAGGGGGAUGAUGAUUGGACGGAUUUUAUGAGUGGAGGUGCACCAGCACAGAAAUCCCUCAAUAAUGGUCCAAAUUUCUCCUCCUGGACAACGCCGCAGCUGCCACCGCCGCAAUUUACAGCGUGGCACAACAGCAACAUCUUCACACAGCCCCAAUUCUUCACAACGGGCAUUGGGGGGAAUUCCACGAAGCAAUUCACGAAUAACAAUCACCUUGCCAAGGGCCCAAAUAAUGGGCAAAUCAAUGGGUUCCCGCUUGUUAACCCCCUGGCGACCAUUUCAAGUGGAAAUCAGGGCUAUGUGCCUGGGAGGAGGGCGCAAAAGGACCCAUCGGGGAUUUCUGUGAUUCCCGACAUGAGUUUUCGUGCACCAAAAUCAAUUAUUAAUCUCCCACGUGCGGGAUUCAGCAAGAAAUGAUUAUUAGAGUGCGAUCAGACCACAAUUGGGGAUGUUUCCAUGUGAAAUCUGAUCGCUUAUCUUCUGUAAAAAAAAUUCUAGAGGGAUUGUUGAAGAGAGAUUACAGGCUUAUGGGGUAGGAGGUUACCUUGGGGAAGUUUGCAAAUUUAAAUGGCAGUUUGAUUGACUUUUUAAGGAAUUUUUUCGUUAAUUCCUCAAUGAUUAUUUUGGAGUCUUCCUUCUUUGAAGGUUUUUCGGCAUUUUCCUUGGAAUUUGGGUGAAAAAUUUAGUCUCAAUCGUUAAUGGAAUAAGCCUUGAUAAUUUUUUAAAAAUCUAAGAGGAUAAAAAACUAACAAAAAAAUGCGAUUUUUCGUCAGUUUCUAAAUUUCGUAUUGGAGAUCAAAUCCAAAAAAUAUUUUUUUACAAAAUAUUUAGUAAGUCCUUAAAGGGUUAAUCAAUUUAUUUUUAGGAAAAAAUAUCCAGUCUUGUUUAGGAGAGAAAAUAAUUUUUUUUAAUAGCUUAGAGCAGCUAAAAUUACUGAAAGAAUCUGAUUUAACAAUAUUUAAUUCAAAAGAAAAUAUUUUUCUAAAGAUUUUUUUUAGAUUGAAAAAUUGACAAAGAAAUUGCCAUUGAUUUUGCAAACAUUUUUCAUAAGAAACUUCUUGAGCUGUGGUAGGCCACUGAUUGUAGUCCAAACAAUCAUUUAUUAAAAAAAAAUCCUCAAAAAGAGGAAAAUUUAAAAUCCUCUGAAAGUUAAAAAAAAAAAAGAAAAAAGCAAAAGACCAUUCAUUUUACUUAAAAUCUAUUAUUAUAUUUUACAUAACACACAGAAAGAAAAAACUGUAUUAUCAUUUAUAUUUUUCAAUUUUUCUUCUGUUUUUUUUUGCUCUUUUAUUCUUUUUGAACACAUUUAUAAGAAAUUGUGAGUCUUGCUUAAAGAAUAAAAAGAAAAGUUGAAUGGCUAAGAAAAUCAUGAUGCAAUGUUAGUUGGAAGAAAUAUUAUAAAGAAAAAAAAAGUUAUUAAACCUACUUAAUGAUAGUGAAAAGAGGGAGAGAGAAAAGCGUUGAAAAACUUUGUAUAAUUUGAAAAGUGAAAGCAUGUAAAUAUACUUACAAAAUAAAUGUUAUUUAUGUAAAAAGAAAAAAAA